AUGUCCGAACAUCAACAUGCCUCUGUCAGUGUUGACAAGCAGCCUGUCUCUGCUGAGAUCACCGAGCAGCCAGAGGCGCCACAGAGUCAGACAUCCUCAGACGAGGUCGAGGCCGAGUCCGCAGACCACAGCGUGGCCAACAUCGAACGGAUCUACAGAAAACUGGACCGUCGCAUCAUCUCUGCAUUCUGGGUCCUCUACUUCCUCUGUUCAGCCAUCCGGUCGAACGUAGGUCUAGCACAGACAAUGAACGCAGACGUCGGCCACGACCUAGCCAGCGUGCUCAACUUAACUCCGCACCAGAUCUCAACAGGUCUUGCCCUGUUCUACGUCUGCUACGUGAUCUUCGAUCUCCCCUCGAACCUAAUCAUGACCCGUCUAAGCCCGCACGUCUGGAUGAGCCGUAUUGUGGUCAGCGUAGGCUUAAUCGGAAGCUGUCUUGCAGCAAUGAAGGCAGCUUGGAGUUUCUACCUCCUCCGCCUCCUCCUCGGCAUCGUCACAGCAGGCAUGUGGCCCGGCAUGACAUACUACCUAACCCUAUUCUACCCGCCCUCACGAAUCGGCAAACGAAUCGGGCAGUACUUCACAGCCUCUCAAGUCUCCGCCGCCGUAGUCGGCCUCGUCUCCGCCGGGUUCCAAAAAAUGGACGGCUCCCACGGCCUCGUCGGCUUCCAAUGGAUGUUCCUAAUCUACGGCGUCGUCACGGUCGCUCUGGGCUUCGCCUUGCUAUGGUGGUUACCAGAUAGACCCACGCCGCCCGGCGAGCCUGCCCCCGAGCGCUCAUCACUGAUGCGCUGGGUGCCUGCCACCAAACCCGCGCUGAAGGGCCAAGAUGCCGUUGUGCAUUAUCAUGAUCUCAAGCGCGUCUAUCACUCGUCUGCGUGGACGCUGCGGGAUCUGCUCGCGGUGUUUUUGGAUUGGAGAUUGUAUCCGCUGCUCAUUAUGUACUUUGGUGUUGUGGGUGUUGGUAUUGGAGUGCAGCUGUAUGCGAACUUGAUUAUCAAGGCUAUUGAUCCGACUUUGAGUGGUGUUGAGCUGAGUUUGUUGACGGCUCCGAUUUGGAUUAUGGACCUAAUCGCCAUCCUCCUUGUAACCCCCCUCUCAGACCGCUUCCACCGCCACCGCGCAAUCUUCUUCUCAAUCCCCGUCCUGCUCCAAAUCCUCGGCCUCCUCCUAACAACUUACGCGGGCACAGACACCAACCCGUGGCCACGCUACGGCGGCCUCCUGAUCGUGGGCUUCGGACUCGGCCCCACAGUCCCGAUAACAAUGACUUGGACGACAGAGAUCUUCCAGCCACGCCACGGCGAGCUAGGCGUAGCCGCCGCAUCAGCCGUCGUCUCCGGCCUCGGUAAUCUGGGCAGUAUCCUCACGACGUAUGCGCUGUAUUCCGGAUGGAAGAGUGACUACGAGGCGCCUGGCCGCGCGAAGUACAGAAAGAGUAACCUUGUCAUGAUCGGUAUUCUGGGGGGGAGUAUUCUCGCUGCGGCGUUUAUGCAGCUUAUGUUGCGGUUUGUUGAUGGGCGGUAUUCGGGUGGUGAGGAUGAGGCGGUUGAUGGGGCUGCUAGACGGGAGGUCAGGCAGAGGGGGUUGCAUGGGCUUGGGGCUGGGUUUAGGCGGAAGUUGAGGUUGGGGAGGUGA